CGCGUAAUGGGCAACGAUGAGCUCAAGCACGUUGAUCUCAUCCCAGAUCUCCAGCGGGGAUAUUCUGGCACGUCAGUCAGUCCAACCUCCCAACUUGAGAUGGGGCUGGGCGCAUUCCUGCCAGGGCGAGUCGCACGAACCGUAGCGCGGCGUCCGGCCCAAGUUGAGCAGAUUCCGGAAGAGACCAUGCUUUAGCACGGAUGUGAACGCGAAAAUGUGCGCUUUCGCGGCUGCAAUGCCUCCGCUUGUCUUCCAAUGUCACCAUCCGAGAUAACUCCCAGCCGU